GCCAGUGAACAUUAAGCGGAGCAGACCAAAAUCCCAAACAAGGAAAUGGUGGGGGAAUAAAACGACCAGAUUAUUUAAUUAAUGCAUGUAAUAAUUAAUAUUUUAUUUUAUUGUAAAUUAAGACGUAUUUAUGGGUUGAAAUGGAUUACGACUUCAAAACAAAGCUGGCGGCCGAGAGAGAGAGAGUGGAAGAUCUGUUCGAAUAUGAAGGUUGCAAAGUGGGUCGAGGCACCUACGGGCACGUUUAUAAAGCUAAACGCAAAGACGGGAAAGAUGAGAAGGAGUAUGCCCUGAAACAAAUAGAAGGCACUGGAAUAUCGAUGUCUGCCUGUAGGGAAAUCGCUCUGCUACGAGAACUGAAACACCCGAACGUGAUCGCACUGCAGAAAGUGUUCCUGUCCCACAGUGACAGAAAGGUUUGGCUCCUUUUCGACUACGCCGAACAUGACCUUUGGCACAUCAUCAAGUUCCACCGCGCCUCCAAGGCCAACAAGAAGCCCAUGCAGCUGCCCCGAGGGAUGGUGAAGUCUCUCCUGUAUCAGAUUCUGGAUGGGAUCCAUUACCUCCAUGCCAACUGGGUACUCCACAGGGAUCUGAAGCCAGCCAACAUCCUGGUGAUGGGGGAAGGUCCUGAACGAGGAAGAGUUAAAAUUGCUGACAUGGGUUUCGCCAGACUCUUCAACUCCCCCCUCAAGCCGCUGGCAGACCUUGACCCUGUGGUGGUGACGUUCUGGUACAGGGCCCCUGAGCUGCUGCUGGGGGCGCGGCACUACACCAAAGCUAUCGAUAUUUGGGCAAUUGGCUGCAUCUUUGCGGAGCUGCUGACGUCCGAGCCCAUCUUCCACUGUCGCCAGGAAGACAUCAAAACCAGUAACCCUUUCCAUCAUGACCAGCUAGACAGGAUAUUCAGCGUGAUGGGCUUUCCCGCAGAUAAGGACUGGGAAGACAUUAGGAAGAUGCCAGAGUACCCGACACUGCAGAAAGACUUCAGGAGGACAACGUAUGCAAACAGCAGCUUAAUCAAAUACAUGGAGAAGCAUAAAGUGAAACCAGACAGCAAAGUGUUUCUGUUGCUCCAGAAACUCCUCACCAUGGACCCCACCAAAAGAAUUACAUCAGAGCAGGCGCUGCAGGACCCGUACUUCCUGGAGGAGCCGUUACCAACCACAGAUGUGUUUGCUGGGUGUCAGAUCCCCUACCCAAAACGAGAGUUUCUAAAUGAAGACGAGCCAGAGGAGAAAACAGAAAAGAACCAGACCCAGCAGCACCAGCAGACCACAGGUCAGACUCAGGCCCAGAACCAGCAGCAGACAGCAGCUCCGCAGGCUCCGUCCCAGCAGAACUUGGCCCAAACCAACGGCACUGGCGGAGCCACGGGGGGCACCGCCGGCGUGGGGUUGCAACACGGCCAGGACCAGGGCCCCCCCAACAAGAAACCUCGCAUUGGGCCCGCUGGGGCCUCCUCAGGCACUAGUCUUCUACAGUCAGAGUACCAGCACUCUGGCUCCCGCCUUGGUUACCAAAGCACCAUCCAAGGUUCCACUCAGCCCCAGAGCACCAUGGGAUAUUCAUCGUCAUCCCAGCAGAGCUCCCAGUACUCCCACCAGACCCACCGUUACUGAGGCUGAACCAGCAGAGGACGGCAGACGGCUCCUCCUCCGACCUCCGCAUCGCUCCCACAUCCUGGUUGGACCUUUCUCCGUGCAUUACGUCAUUCCAACGCAUUCCUCUUUCCUGACAGCCAUUAGGGGCACUGUAACAUGAAGGCAAACAAACAGAACCAAAACAGCGUAAGAAGAGUGCCUUCUUGGGCUGGUGAACAUAAUAUAAGAUACAAGCAGAAUCAGAAAAGGAUUUAUUGCUACAAUAAGGCUGCGUCUGAAAUUUCAUAAUAACCUGCUAUUCAAUAGCUAAAACAGUAUAUGAGUUUUUUUAUAUGCCUGAAACCUCAGUAUGAAACCAAUAGUACAAAAACGGCAUACUAUUUCCGGUAAAACAUUACAGUAUGCAAUAUUGGACACGAAGCCGGCAUAAAUAUCCCACAAUGCAAUGCAAUAGUAACAACAACAUUCAUGACAAACGGACAGAAACCAAGGAGCUCUAUGAAGUCAAUAGCGCUCCAAUUUACAUUUCAACAUAUUUUAACGACGGUUGGUCUAGUUAUUCUCCUCUUUCAGUCAUUUAAGCGUCAUUGGCGAUGCCGCUUGAGCUAAUGUCAGCAGGGGUUACCUAUGGUUACGUCAAGGAGGCUCCCAGGAAGUGACAUUGAAAAUUACAAGUCAGUGCGCCCAAAAAGAUACACAUUACUGUGUAUUUACACAAAAGUACACUGAACGAUAGUAUACAUAAUGAGUACGUAUUGCAAAAUAUGUGAUUUCAGACGCACCCUUAGUUACACUCAUGUAGGAAUAUGCCGGACUGAUCUCAUAAAAUGGCGUAUGUAAUAUAUAAAACGCCAUUUCAAUGCCAUUACUGGCGUGUUAUUAAGACGCAUACUCACUUUUUAUCAACGCUGUUUGGACUCCAUUGACUUGCAUUACCUUGCAAGGCGUGUGAAAUUACCCCGUAGCGAGUGGUAUGAACGGACAAGAAUUGACGUAGGAGGCUGGUCGGGGGGGUGGAUGAGUCAAACACAGGACUUUCACCCAGGAGACCGUGUAUUGUGUCCCACGUGUCACGUUUCCUAAACUCAACCGUUGCUUUCUUCUCGCGAUAACAAGCAAGUGGCGUGUAUGUGUAUGCCCGCUGUAUACAGCAUAGACAUACA